AAAGGAAAAAGGAAAAAGGAAAAAAGGAAAAAAAGACGGUGGCCAAAUCCUGAAACGGCAGACCAACUUCUUACGCUGAAUACUUUACUUUACUUCUUCUUUCCCCCCCGCCAACAACUCACAGACGAGACGAGAACAAGCAAUGACGACGGCCAAGUCCUGCUCUGGAUAAUCAUAAUGAUAGCCAUGACGAUCAUCUAUCUUGAAACACGCGCAUUCCAACCCUCUGCUGCCCGGAGUAACACGCUCUCUGCCAAAUCAAGGCGGUUGGUUAUGCCGCCCCUGAAUCCCUGUGUCCCUGAUACACGGCCUCCCAGGCAUCCACUACCAUCCAAGACGAGGACAUAGAUACAUAGACUCCUCGUAUAGGAGAACACCUCAGGAACCGUCAACCACCUCUACGGCAGUCUCUUCAACCUCAAUUCAAACCACACACACACACAGAGAGAGAGAGAGACAGACACACACACACACACACACACACAC